CUUGAGCUCUCGGUAGCACGAGAAUCUACAGAUAUGAACCAAGUUAUAUAAGGUACUCGUACACCGAACAUGUUCGAUAGAAUGCUCUAGUGACAGCGAAAAAACCAAACAACAAAAACCAACGAAAUCCCUGCCAUUUUUAUAGGAGACGACGGUGCGGGGACACCACGCUCCCGCAUUCAGUCCCUCCAGUCGUUGCGUCGGACGCCGUUGAGCGUUGGUGGCACUGUGCCAGCAGCAGCGCGCCGCGGGUGGCAAGGCAAAGGGGGCGACGAAGAGGAAAGCGAAGAAAACGUCAUGGGGCUUGGCCUUGGCGUGCGGGCGGCGCCCUUCACGUACGCGGCGCACGCGCUGGCCGUCGCGGCGGCGGCCAUGGUGUUGGUCUGGGCCAUCUACUUCCGCGGUGGGCUCGCCAUCGAGGCCACCAACAAGAACCUCAUCUUCAACGUUCACCCUGUUCUUAUGCUUAUCGGUUAUAUUAUCAUCGGCGGCGAAGCUAUAAUGGUAUACAGGGUACUUCCAACAUCGAACCACGAGACAAAUAAGCUGAUCCAUCUAGUUCUCCACGGGAUUGCACUUGUCCUUGGUGCGGUUGGAAUAUAUUUCGCCUUCAAAAAUCAUAAUGAGAGUGGGAUUGCCAAUCUUUACAGUUUGCACUCUUGGAUUGGGAUAGGGACGAUUACUUUGUAUGGUAUUCAGUGGAUAGUUGGAUUCGUUACAUUCUUCUUCCCUGGUGCUGCGCCAAACGUGAAGAAGGGUGUUCUUCCUUGGCACAUACUCUUUGGGCUCUUUGUCUACAUCUUAGCACUGGCUAAUGCGGAACUCGGCUUUCUUGAGAAGCUCACUUUCCUCGAGAGCUCGGGUCUCGACAAAUACGGCACAGAGGCAUUCUUGGUGAACUUCACAGCGUUGGUUGUCGUGUUGUUUGGUGCCUCUGUUGUGGUGGCUGCUAUAGCUCCAGUUCGCCUUGAAGAACCACAGGGUUAUGUUCCAAUUCCAGAAAACUAGUACAAAUGAAAUGUACAUCAUAUGCAGUUGCCAGGAUUGGCUGUUACCAUAUGGAGCUAAGAUAUUCAUCUCUCUUUAUUAAGGAGAAGAAGAUCAUGGAGUUAUCACGAUAAGAAGAUAGUGCAUCUUCAUUGUGUUUGUAUAUGUCUACACUAUUGUCUUAAGGAUUAGUAGAGAUACAUUCUGUGAUACUUCAAAAUUUCAGUAUAUGCAAAAUUGAAUAUCCUGCUUCAU